AAUGAGGGUGGAAUGGGCAGGAUCUAUUGUCUCCACAACCACUGGCCCAGCCUGUUUCUGCUGUCCCCCACCCCACCGAUGGGAUAAAGCCUGCUGUCUUGGAGCCCAGGGAGAUGCUGGAGCUGAGCAAGAUGCAGGGCCUCGCAGGUGGGAGCCGGGCUCCCCUGGGCCUGCUCCUGAUCUGUCUGUAUCUGCCAGGCCUCUUUGCACGUAGCAUUGAGGCACCAGAGGAGAAAGUCUCCCUACAUUCGGGAAAACCUUCCUUCACCAGCCUCUUCAACUCCGGACAGCCUCAGCCCAAGCCAGACCCUGUGAAUAAUGAAUUACCAAGGGUUCUUCCCAGGCUUCCCGAAUCCCCAGAAGAUGGCACUCUACCUGAGGGAGAAUCAGAGAUGCCCAGCCAGCCUCCCAUCUGGGGGUGGUCCCCCAUGGACUACUGGCUCUCCGAGGACCCUCAGCAAGGGAUGGAGGCUGCUGCCGAGGACUACCCGGAGCAAGUGCGGCCAGAUGUCCUGCCAUACUUUUCCUCUGCAUACGAGGCUUCCGGCCCCGAGGACUCAGAGCCUACACAGCUGCCUGGCUCCAGUUCACUGACAACUGAGGCAGAAGCCUUUGCCCAGCACCCAUUCUGGUUUUUCAUCCGCAGGUUAUUGCCUGGUUUACCCUGGGGGAUCCUAAGUCCCAGUGGAUCUUGGGGAGGUGGAGGGGCAGGAACUGGGUGGGGGAGAAGGCCCAUGCCUUACCCUUCUGGAAUAUGGGGUAGCAAUAGUCAAUUAUCAGGUACCAGCUUGGGGGUUAAUGGUCGGCACCCAGUAGCCAGUUGGGGGACCAAUAGUCCGUAUCCUGCAGGCAGCUGGGGGGGUAAUGGUCCGUAUCCUGCAGGCAGCUGGGGGGGUAAUGGUCCGUAUCCUGCAGGCAGCUGGGGGGGUAAUCGUCCCUAUCCUGCAGGCAGCUGGGGGGCCAGUUGUCGGUAUCCUGCAGGCAGCUGGGGGCCCAACUGUCGGAAUCCAGCAGGUAGCUGGAGGCCCAAUGGUCGGAAUCCGCUUCCUCCAGGAGUCCGCCCUCCUGGUCGGAAUCCGCUUCCUCCAGGAGUCCGCCCUCCUGGUCGGAAUCCGCUUCCUCCGGGAGUCCGACCUCAUCCUGGUCGGAAUCCGCUUCCACCCCGAGUCCGCCCUCCUGGUCGGAAUCCGCUUCCUCCCGGGGCCCGAUCUCCUGGCUCUUCUGGGAGCCUCCCAAACCUCAGUUUGCAGUGA